UGAAUAAGAUAUGUUCAACCUUGAAUCAAAUAUGUUCAACCUUGAAUAAAAUAUGUCCAACCUUGAACAAAAUAUAUUCAACCUUGCAUAAAAUAUGUCCAACCUUGAACAAAAUAUAUUCAACCUUGAACAAAAUAUAUUCAAGACUCACGUGACCAUAUUCAAGACUCACGUGACCAUAUUCAAGACGCACGUGACCACAAAAUUGAUGACGUAGUUGCUCAUGUUUUGAUGCUUUACGGACUUUCCCGAACCCGCGUCCGGACUUUCCCGAACCCAUGGUACUUGUGUUGCGUUUCGGAGCUCGAAUUGUUCGCACGAGGUUUUGACACAUGUUUGACAGGUGUUUGACAUAUGAUUUGAUUUGAUAUGAUUUGACAUCGAUUAUGGACAAGGACAGAAUCAAUUUACUGGCUCAUGCCAGUAAUUUCGAGGAUCUGCUGCGGGAUCUGCGGAAUUCGGCGACGGGUGCUCCCUCAGAAAUGAGGGAGCUCAUUCAGCAGGUUGUCGCCCACCCUGUUGUAGAGCAGUUGCGGCCACACAAUGCGGCCACCACAGACAGGUUGCUAGGGGUGAACCUUGGGCUCGGCCAACCCGGUGCCUCAUCCGCCUUGCCAUCAUCCGCCUUGCCAUCAGCCUUUCCAUCAUCCGCCUUGCCAUCAUCUGCCUUGCCAUCAUCAACCCAUACCCAUCAGAAUGUCAACGAAGAGAUGGCAAGGAUGUUCACCCCCACUGGUGGGUUUCGUGGGAAGAAGAGAAGGGUCCCCGGAACAGCAGCAGCAGCUGCUGGAAGUGCAGCCGCGGCUUUGGCCCAAAAGAAGGUGAAAGUGACGGUGCGAAAGAGAACAAAGGACGUUGUCCUACUGGAUUCUGGCAUGACUUCCAAGCCCACAGACAAGGAAGUUCUAUACAACGCUGGCCGUGUGGCAAAUUGCGUUGUCUUUUCAACGGACAUGACCUCCCAGCAAGUGGAGGAUCUUAUCCUCUCCUUGUUCUGGGACAAGCUUGAAAAAUUUCCAAAACCUAAAUUCAUCUUUGUGAAGGCGGAGAGAAAUAAAAUUUUCCGGCCGAAUAUGCCAAUAGGCACGAAAUUUGAUGGACAGACAGUCCUCAAUCUGUGUGGACAGGGGGUGGUCAAUGUAAUGGCCAGCGGCCAAAUAAAGGAUGGCUUUGACCCAACCCUUUAUCAGAAUGUCCAGGACUUUGUCAGUGACAAUGAUGAGGAGGAGUUGCCAGUGGCAUUCCCGGAUCAACAAUUACCAUCUAUAGUUGCCCGAGGAAAUUUGGGACGAAGUCUGCCCUCCUCAGUUUCUCCCCAGGUGAUUAAUAUCCAGCGAAGUGAUAGGAGAAUACCACUGACAGGACCUACAUGUACAACAGAUGUCCCUUCAGUUAAUAGAGGAACAUACAGCCAGUAUGUUGACUUGAAUGUUCAUCAAGAGGAUGAUGAUGAUGAUGGAGAUAGAGAGGAUGAUGAACUAAACCAGGCUAUAAGAGCCUCUCUUGAAGAUAGAAACAAAAUUGAUGACACUACUACAAUUAGAGAUGAACUCGUGCUACUUCAGAGCCAAAUAGACGAUGACAAGACAUCAAAGUUUAACGUCAACAGACGAGACGUGUUUGAUGGGGCAAAAAUUGGCUUUCGAAGGAAGUCGUAUAGCCCCUUCGAUGGAAUGUCGGUUGUUUUUACGGACGGCAAGAAAGGCGAGGGGGCUAUCGACAUUGGUGGACCAAAAAGAGAAUUCCUUCGUCUCUUAAUGGCCAGUCUGCAAGGUCAUAAGGUCUUUGAAGGACCACAAGACCGUAAAGUGCUGGCUCUGUCUGCCUCUGCUCUCUCUGACGGGGAUUACCAGUUGGCUGGGCGGAUGAUUGCCGUCUCAGUCAUACACGGUGGCCCACCCCCUGGCUUUUUUAGCCCAACCCUCUACGACUGUGUCGCAUAUGACCAUGACAGACGACAAGAUCCAACAAUUGAGGAUGUGGCAGACCUAGAAGUACGCAAACAGCUCAAAAAGAUAAGAGAAGCAAGAGAUAUUGAGACACUUCAAGAAGCAGUCACCGAAGCCUCUUCUUUCCUUAGUUUGGCUGGUUGUCUAAUCCCAAUUAGGACUGUUAAUGACAGGGAGACAAUCACUAAAGCAGCUGUUGCCUUCUAUGUUGUGGGACGUGUCCAGUCGUGCUUGGAAUGCUUCAAAGAUGGCUUAAGGACUUUGGGGUUGUUGGCCACUGUCCGACAACACCCAACAUUGUUUAAGGACAUUUUCUGUCAUCAGCCAAGCCCAUUGACAGCUGAGAGUUUUGAGGAUAUUUUCAAAUUCCAACUCGCGGAAAAGGAUUCAAACAAAUACGACACUGAUCUCAAAGUAAACGGAUGGUGGAGAGACUUCCUCCAAGAUGUCCAAGAGGGAGAUGCAGAAGAGGAGAAGAUUAGCAUUAGCCUUUCAGACAUUUUAAUAUUCGGCACCGGAGCAGCUCAAGUGCCGCCAUUGGGCUUCAUGCCCAUCCCUUCAAUUGAACUGUCAUAUCAAGCUCCUGUUGAUCCGGUAACAAAAAAAACCCUGACGCACUUCCCUACCUCCAAUACGUGCGCCAACUUGUUGCGGCUGCCUGCUACCCCGUAUUAUAGUACCUUCAAGGAAAACAUGGUGUUGGGAAUUGCCUGUUCCCCUGGAUUUGGAUUUGCCUGAGUUGUUCCAAUGAUACCUUUGACAGACCUACUAUCAAGGAUGACUGAAUGCCUUUGUCUUCAAAAUCAUAUGGUGCAUUCUGAACUUUUAGAGGAAACAAACAUGGACCAUUUCAGUUCCUCCGUCUUGUUUGCUUCAGCAACCCUGUCCAAACCUUGGGGUAAACUGAAGAUUCUCUUGUGCCCUUUGUGAUUUUCAUUGUUUUUCAGCAGACAAGAAAUUAAAGAACACACUAUUUGGAAAUACCUUGACGCUCUACAUUGGAGAUAGCAAAACUGAAAUUAGAUAGGAUCUUUCUGCUGCCUUUUUUUUUGAAAUUAUAUUUUUUUAAUGCUGGUGAAAUUAUGUUCAGUUUGGUGUUCUUUCUUCUCUGUUGCUUCAUGCCUCCAUGUUAGUCAAUUCGCAUGGUGAGCUGAGUCUGAGGCUUCACUCUGAUUUGGACACAGUGAGUUGAGUUAAAGUUAAA